AAAACAUGGCGGGCGAGUUAUAAGAUUAUUAAAAAUUCAAAAUAUCAAAUUCUAAUAAAAUGGGUGAAAGUUCUAUGAGCUGUACUUCUAGGGUCUAUGUAGCAGAUUCAGAUGACAGUGAUAACGAGGGAGGUCUCGGGAAUGUUGAGAGAGUAGUUAUGCGUCCUCCCGGACACUCAGGAAAGGCUAAGAAGGGGCAUCUAUGUUUUGAUGCUAUUUAUGAAACAGGAAACCUUGGUCGAGUUGAUUUCAUUAAUGAUUAUGAAUAUGAUUUGUUUAUCAGACCAGAUACAUGCAACCCAAGAUACAGGUUUUGGUUUAAUUUCUCUGUGGAAAAUGUUCACGUGGAUCAAAGAAUUAUCUUCAACAUUGUUAAUAUCAGUAAAACAAGAAACCUGUUCGCCAAGGGAAUGACACCGAUUGUGCGCUCAACAUCAAGACCUAAAUGGCAACGUAUUCCUCGUGAGAAUGUUUAUUAUUACAAGUCCCCAGAGCACAGCAAUAAUUUCGUCUUAUCCUUCGCAUUUGCUUUUGACAGGGAUGAGGAAAGGUAUCAAUUUUCUUGUUGCUAUCCCUACUCAUAUUCAAGACUACAGUUGUAUAUUGAUGAAAUAUUAGCGAAGAAACCAACUCUUGUUACAAGGGAAGUAAUAUCAAAAUCUAUCAAGGGGAGAAAUCUAGAUCUUUUGACUAUAACGGAGCCAAAUGCAAUAACCGAGGAGCCUGUAAAGAAGAGGAUAGUAAUGGUGCUCGGGAGGCAACAUCCGGGAGAAAGUCCGUCUUCGUUUGUUGUUCAAGGCUUAAUUGAUUUCCUUUUGUCUAAGCAUAACAUUGCAAAGGAACUUAGAGAAAAACUUAUUUUUAAGAUAAUUCCCAUGAUGAAUCCUGACGGUGUUUUCCUCGGAAACUACCGGGGUUCUUUAAUAGGAACUGAUCUAAACCGUGUAUGGCAUGAGUCUGAUGAGCAUGUGAAUCCAACAGUGUUUGCAGUUGAUCAGCUUAUUCAAUCUUUAUCUAAAUCUAAGGAGACUCCCCUGGAUUUUGUGUUAGAUAUUCACAUCUCUAACACGAUGCUUGGUCUUUUUAUUCUAGGCAAUGCAUUCGACAGUGUUUUCAGAAAUGAGCGUCAUAUUGUUUUCCCUAAGAUGAUGGCUCAAAAUUGUAAAGAUUUUAGUCAUGAGAAUACAAUGUACAACAAGGAUCCUGAUAAACAAGGAACCGCCCGGAGACAUCUAGCGGAAACAAUUGAAUCUCAAGACACAAACGUUUAUUCUGUUGAGGUGUCAAUGUAUGGGUAUAAACCUGAUCCAAAAUCAAAUGAAAUUAUACCCUACACUGAGGAAAAUUGUGAGUAUACUUUCUUUUAA